CGAAAGUACGCAAUUAUAAAGACAUUGGACUUUUAUUUUGACAUUGUGUAUAUAAAAUUACAUUGUUAUUUUAAUUAUAGUAAAUGAAUCAUACUAGAAUAUUCUAGAUGGAUAGUGAAAGUACUUGUAUAUAUUUAUGUUCAAGAAAGCUUUGGCAAUUUCCGGAAUUUACCCUGUUACUAAAAAUAGAUUAUUUCCAAUUUCUCUAGUUAAUUGUAGUUUGUUCUAGAUUUAGAAUGUUCUUAUGAUUUUAGUAUAUAAGAUAAGGGUUUUUAUGGAUAAUUGUCAUUGUAAAAAUAGUAGUAACAGAAGUAUAGAAGUUUUAUCAGUUAAACUAGAAAGAAAAAGACGGAUUAUUCCAAUGUGGUAUUUAUUAACGUUUACAAACUGUACAUACUGUAAAUAACUGUUAGUUAUUUGAUUAAAGAUAUAAAAGGAUUCCGUGUUAGUCUGAUUUCGCCACAUUGUAUGGUGCCGGAACCCGGGAGUAACAGAAAAAGAAAUUUAUAAAGAACACGGAAAAGAAGUAACCACAGAAAAGAUGGCAGUCUCAUAUUUGAAAGGACUCUGUACAAGGUACAAUAAUUUGUUAGCUAAAGAAUUAGAUAAAAGUGGAGAUAUAAUAGCACAAGGGAUUCAAGAUGAAAGUGUGACAACACAAUUAAGGCAAGUUUUAUCAGCAGAGAGACGAUUAAAGGAUUUUGCAGCAAAACUUGAAGAAAGUAUGAAAGAAAUUUCACUUAUAUUAGAGGAGAGAGAAGAUAACGAAGGUGACAUCGCAAAAUUUACAAAGACAAGUGAAACAUAUUUUGAAUUGCUUGACGGUGUAACACAGCGCUUAGACGAAUUAAAAAUAUUCGAGGAAGAAAUUCAGGAUAAAAUAACAGAUAUUAAGAAAACAGAAUCAGCCACGGACCACAAGGUGGAGCAUUUAAUACAAUUACAGACACAAAUGCAAGAACAGAUAGUACAGUUUCAACAGUUACAACUCCAAGAAUUACAGAGGAAAAGUCAACCUUCAACAGUAAGUGCAGUUAAACUUCCUAAAUUAGACCUAGUUUCGUACAAUGGAGAUAAGUUAAAAUGGACAGAAUUUUGGGAUUCAUUUGAAGCUGCAGUGCACACAAAUCAAAGCUUGACAAAAAUAGAGAAAUUGAAUUACUUGAAAAGCAAACUUUUUGGAACAGCUAAUUCUGCUAUAUCUGGCUUACCGCUCUCCCAUGAAAAUUAUGAUGUAGCAAUUUCAAUACUAAAGGAAAGAUUUGGAAAUGUUCAAUCUGUUGUCAACAAGCACUAUUCAGAUUUAAUAAACCUUCAGUCAGCUUCAAAUCAAACUACACAUCUACGUAGACUUUAUGAUGACUUGGAACGACACUUACGUAGUUUGGACGCAAUGCAUCAAGAUGUAACCCAAGAUGUAUUCAUCUCGAUGAUAACAUCUAAGCUACCAAAGGAAGUUCUUAUUCAACUUGAAAUACAGAAAGGUAACAGUGAAAGAUGGACAGUAGGGAAGUUGAGACAGUUUCUCAAUACUUACAUAACUGCCAGGGAAGCUGCAGAAAGUCAGUCUAAGGAAACACAUCCUGGUCCCAGUUCUGAAGAAAAACAGCAGUAUAAAAUCCAGUCAAACAACAGUAAUUUUCAACCAAGAAAACACUUAUCUGCAGAAGCUCUGAUGACAAUAAAGCCAUUUGGAAAAAACUCAGGCAGUGGAAACUCAAUGGUAUGCAGAUAUUGUGAUGGACACCACUGGAGUGAUGAGUGCAGAAAGUUCAGUACAAUUGAAGACAGAAAGCAGAAAAUCAAGGGUAGUUGCUAUACCUGCCUGAAGCCAGGACAUGUUAGUAGAGACUGUAAAUUUGAAAAAGCAUGCUAUCAUUGCAAACAGAAAAAGGGACACCAUAGAAGUCUAUGCCCGAAGAAAAUUCCCUCUCAACAUAAAGAAGUUUCACAUCUAGCUGAUGAAAUGUGUGAAAUAGCUUCAAGUGAAGAGAACGUACCAGAGAAUAGCUUGUUGUCCUCCGGGGAUAUAGUUUUGAUGCAGACAGCUCAAACAACUGUGUCAAAUACAGAAGUUAAUGAAACAGAAGUAGUAAGACUAUUAAUGGACUCCGGAUCUCAGCGAACAUAUAUAACAGAAAAUUUGGCCAAGAGAUUAAACUUGAAGAAGAAGGCUACAGAGGAGAUAACUCUUGUAACAUUUGGUGCAGAUAAGCCAAAAACAUUAAGAACACAAAAGGUGUCAUUAAAGAUCAGACUAAAAGAUGGAGUUUGUAUGCUUAUUGAUGCUAAUGUUGUUCCUAAGAUAACAGGAUCAAUACUAAGAAGACCUCUACAAAUGGAUGUAUGUGAAAAUGUGAAAUACUUAUGUAACAAUCUGCAACUUGCUGACACACUGCCUAGUAGCUUAGAAAGUUCAACAAUAGAGAUUCUUAUCGGAAAUGAUUAUUAUUUAGAUAUCAUAUUGCCACAGAAAAUAGAAAUUCAACAAGGGCUUUAUCUACUUGGCUCUAAGCUAGGAUGGAUCCUUACAGGAAGGUCACAAUUAAGUGAUGAAGAAAGUGAGAACAAAAUGUCCAUGACAGUAAAUGGCUUAUUAACUUUAACAGAAUGCUGUCUUCACUCUACAAUUGACACAUGUCUUCAAAUCAAGCCUUCCAUUGAAGAUUUCUGGAAAUUGGAAACUAUUGGAAUACAAGAUUGUCCAUAUGCAUCAGACGACGAAAAUACUUUGAGUAACUUUGUCACCUCACUCAAAAUGGAAAAUGGAAGAUAUCAAGUAGCCUGGCCAUGGAAAGAAAAAUUACCGGAACUUCCUGAAAAUAGGGAACUUGCAUACGGAAGACUAAAGUCACUUUUUCAGAAAAUGAAGAACAAUCCUGACCUAUUAAACAAGUAUGAUGAGAUUAUUCAAGACCAGUGCAAAAAGGGCAUCAUAGAAAAAGUGUCUAACCAAUGUAGUAAGGAUACCGGAAUCAAACAUUACAUACCACAUCAUGCUGUAGUUGACCCAACCAAACCUACAACUAAAGUAAGGAUAGUUUAUGAUGCAUCUGCCAAAUCAAAACCUGAGAAUAAAAGUUUGAAUGAUUGCCUGCACAGAGGACCAGUAAUGUUACAAGAUUUAUGUGGACUCUUGUUGCGUUUUCGAAUGAACAAAAUUGCAAUAGUUGCUGAUAUUGAAAAGGCAUUUCUCCAAAUUGAAGUACAAAAAAAUGACAGAGAUGCAACCAGAUUUUUUUGGCUAAGAAACAUUAAUCAUCCAACUGUAGAAAAUAAUGUACAAGUUUACAGAUUUUGCAGAGUGCCAUUUGGAGAUAUAUCAAGUCCUUUCCUACUUGCAGCAACUUUGGACUAUCACCUUGACACAUACAAAAAUGCAACAGCAGCAAAUAUUAGAGAAAACAUUUAUGUGGAUAAUGUAAUUACUGGAGUAGAUUCGACAGAGAAUGCAGUUACAUUAUAUAAAGAGGCAAAACAAAUAUUCAGUGAUGCAUCAAUGAACUUAAGAGAAUGGGCAUCAAAUUCACAGCAAUUUUUAAAAUGCAUUCCCAAGGAAGACCAGGCAAAUAGAGAAAAAUUAAAGGUUCUUGGAUUAACUUGGACAAUAAAAGAUGAUACAUUGACGGUGAACAGUGCAAGAAAUGAUAACAUGUUUCCAAUCACCAAAAGAGAAGUAUUACAGAGAGUGGCUUCUGUGUUUGAUCCACUUGGAUUUUUUACACCAGUGACUUUAAGAACCAAGCUUUUCCUCCAAAUGUUGUGGAACAAGAAAAUGGAAUGGGAUGAACAACUGACAGAGGAAGAUAUUCAGCAAUGGAAAGAAAUCUCUUUUGAUUUAGAUGAGAUUCAGGAAUAUCAUAUUCCUAGAGCUAUUGGGCUACCAGGUACAGUUACGUUCAGAUUACUAUGCUUUUGCGAUGCUUCAACCAAAGCAUAUGCUUCUGCUGUUUAUCUACAUCAACUCAGGGAAGACAACUUAUGUAAAAUUGAUUUACUGUUUUCCAAGACACGCCUGGUACCAAAUAAGAAAAUAACUUUACCACGACUUGAGUUAUUAGCAGUUGUCAUUGGUGUCCGUUGCAUUGACUUUGUUAAGAAGCAAUUAAAACUUCCUAUCUGUGAGACGAUUUUGUGGACAGAUUCUCAAUGUGUUUUACACUGGAUAGGAUCGAAAAAACCUCUAGCAACAUUUGUUGAUAAUAGAAUAAAGGAGAUUAGGCAGCAACAAGACAUUCAAUUUCAGUACGUCUAUACGAAGGAAAAUCCAGCUGAUAUUGCAAGCAGAGGCACAACAGUAUCACUGUUAAAAGAAAACAGCCAAUGGUGGCAUGGUCCCUCUUGGUUAACAAAACACAGAAAUGAGUGGCCUAGAUGGGAUCCUCACAAUAUAAGUGUUGACAAUCAAAAUUCGAUUGAAGCAGAAUACAAGGUAUCUAAAGUAUUACAUGAAGCAAAAUUGCUUGCUGGAGAGGGACCUGACGGAGAAACAAACAGUGUUAGAAAUUCGAAAUCUAGUGUUGGGUAUCUGUUAGACAUUGAUUGUAGCAGAUUUUCCUCAUUUAUCCACUUGAUCAGAGUAUCAGCUUGGGUAUUGAGAUUUAUUUAA